AUGGUGAACCAUGAGCCAAAAGACGCUGCUCCAGCCCAAAUAUGCAUUACAGGGAAGCGAAAGAGGCCCGUGUCUGAACAGGAACAUCGAGAGAGAAAACGCGCCGUUGACCGCCGGGCUCAAAGGUCCCUUCGAGAGAAGACCAAGAUACACAUUGCUAAGCUUGAGCGCACAAUAGAGAUACUACAGAACAAAGAUCGUAAUGACACAACAUCUACUCUGUUGUCUGAAAUUGAUGCCUUGCGAGCAGAGAAUGAGCGGCUCAAGCACACCAUCGAGAGUGUGAAGAGCCUUGUUGGACUCAACGUGGUUUCGCAAGACAUCCUGCCAACCAAACCUGGCCCUGUCAUGGAACACGCAAACCGUUCCCCAGCAGCAGCAGCAGUCGGCCACAGUCUGCCUGAGCCGCCUACCAUUUCUAUUGCCGGUGACCCACAACCGUCACCACUUCCUCAUCUGAACCAGUCAACUUCUAUCGACCGUACGAUCCCCGGAGAUGAGCAACAGCGGUUUGACCAACCGAAAUGUCCUGAGCAGCCAGACUUCUUUCAGCCAUCACCUUUCCCCAAUGGCCCGACCGUGAUCAAUCAGCUCACAACGGCGGCAAUCGAUCUUGACGGCAUAACCAUAAUACCAGAUAUAGACGAGCCAACCGUUCCAGAUACCAACAAAAAAUUAGCCCAUAGUCCGCGAUUCCGACCUUUAUCCGAAUGUUUGCCAAAAAAGCAGAGUGAAGAGUUACUACAAGCGAUAAUAGGAAAAGACCCAUUCUCAUCAUUGAUGCAAGAGAUCAUGGGCGCAAAAGUAAUACUAUCCUUUCCCCAUCAUUCUCCACAUCGUCGGCCCUUCUCCAAGCCUCACAAUGUGCAAAUAAGACACGAACAAGACGGGUUCUGA